AUGGCAGACAACGGUUAUGUGGAUCCAAGUUUCGUCAGCUGUCCUACUGAAGGAUGCUCCGAACGAUUCGCCAGUUGGCAAGAAGUCAUCAAUCAUCUUGAUGACCCUUUUCUUUCUUGCGUGCCAAUCCCCCUCGUUGCUUCAGACGGCAAUCAAUAUCAUAUCCAAGAAAUGCUGAAGAACUUGCCUGAGGGUAUGCCUCUCUCGGAUAAUCAGGGUAUCCAUCCACCAGGAUUCAAAUUCUCAUAUCAUCCUCACUCUGCAUACGACUAUGGCCGACUACCAAACGUUUUGGAGGAGAUGAAUGCCGAUAAGUAUGCUUCAAAACGCACGCACAAUGUUUUUUGGCCGUUUUCAUCACAGAAGGAAUGGGAGCUGGCGAAAUUCUUGAUGGAAACACUCAAUCAGUCGCAGAUUGAUAAGUUCUUGAAACUUGCUUGGACCAAGGAUCCAUCAAAAUUGAGCUUCAGCUCUGCCUACCGUUUAACUUCGUUUAUAGAAGUACUGCCGACCGGACCUGUAUGGAAAAUGGAGGAAAUACGAGCUGAAAACUACAAGACAGCUAAGCCAAUGAUAUUGCUCUACAGGGACGGCCUGGAGGUUGUUAAGUCGCUGUUUGGGAACCCUGUUUUUGCCAGGCAUAUGAUGCUGGACCCCAAACGAGAUCAACUUCCUCAAGGUUCCACUAUUGUAGGAAUUGUCGGUGCAUCCGACAAGACAACAGUUACUCGGGGAACAGGCGGCAUAGACAUGCACCCCACUUUCCUCACGCUAGCAAAUAUAGCUUCGGACGUGCGUAUGAAGGCAAUGUCGCACUCUUGGCUAUGUACUGCUUUCCUCCCCGUUCCAACGUUUCUGGACUGUCGAACGGAAUAUCAAAGUGUUCUCUCUGAUCGUGUUUGGCACACGUGUAUGGAUAUCAUUAUGAAGAACCUCAAAGCAUCAGCUGCAACUGGUGUUUGGAUGUCCGAUCCUAAUGGUAUAGCUCGACGAGCAUACACACCUCUCGUAGCCUGGGUUGCGGACUUGCCAGAACAGCAAAUGAUCGCGUGCACGACAAAAAAUCUCUCUCCCAUAUCUCAUGCUCGUUUGAACGAAUUUGGCGACAAUCACCCACAUCGACUGCGGUUGGGGAUCGAUACAUUAUUGGCUAUAAACAGUAUACAAUUCGAUACGUGGGACUUUGCUAAUUAUCUUCCAGAUGCGAAGGUUAAGGGUCUAAGUGGAGUUCAUCAGCCGUUUUGGAGGGACUGGUCUCUAGCUGAUCCUAACAAGUUUCUCGUUCCCGAACUUUUGCACACUUGUCACAAAUUUUUCUUUGAUCAUGUGCUACUGUGGUGCAAAGAAGCAAUUGGAAAGGAUGAGUUAGAUGCGCGCUACAGGAGUUUACACUCACGAGUGGGAUUCAAACAUUUCGGGAGCGGUAUCUCGCACGUCAAACAAAUGACAGGUCGCGAACAUCGCGAAAUCCAGAGGACGAUCGUUGCGACGGCCGCUGGCGCUGUAGCCCCCAAAUUUCUACGAGCCGUCCGAGCACUUGUCGACUUCAUAUAUCAAGCUCAGUCUCCCAUUCAUACUCCAUCAUCUAUCACAGCCAUGGUCACCUCUCUAUCCGAAUUUCACGAUCAUAAGCAAGCGAUAUUGGACGCCGAGGCUCGUCGGGGCGCUUCUUCAACCAUCGACCACUUCAACAUCCCAAAGCUUGAGCUUUUACAGCACUUCGCUCGAGCCAUUCGGAAUAUGGGGGCCAUCAUGCAGUUCACAGCCGACGUGACCGAGCGCCUUUUAAUCACUCAUUGCAAACAUCCGUUUAGCGGUACGAAUGGCCGGCUCUUCUUCGAGAUACAGUGUGUUCGUAUUCUUGACCGUUUGGAAAAGGCAAGGAUGUUUCAUUUGUACGCAGUCUUGCGACACCGAAAAGCUUCUCUAAUAAAUUAUCUCGUGGCCGAGGAAAGCUCUCUUUUAGCUGAAGUAGAUCCCGAAUCAAGCUGGUUGUCCCAUACUCUACCCGAAGAAAAACGCGUCUUUAGUAUUCGGCCCAUGCGGAAUCAUUUCUUGAAGGGUAUCAGGUCUGUCGACGCGAAGACAGCAUUUCAUCUCACAAAGGAACCAGACAUGAAAUCUGUCUCGAUCAAGGAUGCCGCUGAGCAUUUCGCAUUGGACGAUCUACCAGGAGCCCUAGCCUACUACGCUCGAGGUUUGCGGCCUGGAGAUGGGUUUUCAGGACCGGACGACUACAACUUGCCAUUCACACACAUCCGAGUGUGGUACAAAUGCAAAAUACAGUUACAUUCGAUGUUCCGUUCGUAUCUCGUGAUGCCUGCGCAAACCAUUCAAGCCUACCCCCCCCUACCCAAGAUGCCGCUCGGAAAUUGCGAUACUGUGAGAUUGAGUGGCUUUGAUGGGCGUAGCUUCGCUUCUGCUCCUAUCCUACAAGUUCAAAUUAUAUUCCAGGCGAUUGCGCCGAAGAAGACCGUCCUUGAUCAGCACCUUUCGCCCGUCCUUGUAUACGCGCAAAAUUUUGGGUUUUCCGGGGGACGGAGGGAUUCGAAUGGUAGCGUUGCAGUUGAAGAAGAUGUUGAUAUGUACGUCGUCGAGCGGCUCUUUCACAACAGGAUCACAGCCAGCGGAGAAAGGCUUCGUAUGGGCAGUAUUUACCCAUUGAAUACGAUACAUUUACCCGUAGAUCUCAUACCGGUUUUUGGCGCCGUCAUGGAUCGAAACAUCACUGCCAGCAACUCUCUCGAGAUUCCCACUAUGUUCUACGUCAAUAAUUUUUCAGACAAGGAAACUUAUAAUACGUUUUUGACUGAAUUCACCGAAUGA